AACUUUUCAAGCUUGCCUCUGCCAAACUGCUAAUCACCGCCAAAUAGCCAAGAGCUUCAAAAUCGUUGAUUCCUGAAAUUUCAGUUCCCCUCUUUUGCUUGGCACUUGUGGCUAAACAAACAUCUUUGUUGAUUUCCUGAUUCGGUGCAGGUUCUUUACACAAAGUUGUAAUGGAACAUUUAGAUGAUGGGACGGAGUCAUCAAACGGGGCAAAUGAACCAGAAGUAAAUAAUUCUCAAAUAAUUGUUGGCCUUCCGGAUGAUAUUUCUCUUUCCUGCCUAGCGAGAGUUCCUAGGAAAUAUCAUUCAGUCCUGAAGUGUGUUUCAAAGGCUUGGAGGGACUUAGUUUGCAGUGAAGGGUGGCAUUCUUAUCGUCAAAAGCAUAAGCUUGAUGAGACCUGGAUCUAUGCUUUAUGCAGAGAUAGGUUUGGUGAAAUUAGCUGUUAUGUUUUGGAUCCAACCUCAUCAAGGAGAUGCUGGAAGCUAAUGCAAGAGCUACCGCCCCGUUUAUCAAAAAGGAAAGGAAUGGGCUUUGAAGUUUUGGGGAAGAAGCUAUUCUUGUUGGGUGGCUGUGGCUGGUCUGAAGAUGCUACUAAUGAGGUCUAUACAUUUGAUGCCUGCUUGAACUCCUGGGUUGCAGCUGCCCCUCUGUCAACGGCAAGGUGCUACUUCGCUUGUGAAGUUUUGGAUGAAAAAAUCUACGCUAUUGGUGGUUUAGGUUCAAACUCAAGUGAUCCUCAUUCCUGGGAUACUUAUGACCCUUGUAUAGACAGUUGGAAAUCUCAUAAGGACCCUAACAUUGUCCCUGAAAUUGAAGAUUCAGUAGUUAUGGAUGGUAAAAUAUACAUACGAUGUGGUACAUCGGCUGUUGUAUAUGACCCAUCAAAUGGCACAUGGCAGCAUGCGGAUGCUGAUAUGGUUUCAGGUUGGCGAGGUCCAGCAGUAGUUGUUGACGGGGUACUUUAUGUCUUGGAUCAGAGUUCAGGAACUAGGCUAACGAUGUGGCACAAGGAGAGGCGUCAGUGGAUGCCAGUCGAGAAGCUGUCACCGAUGCUUACGAGGCCACCUUGUAAACUAGUUGCUGUUGGCAAGAGCAUUUUUGUCAUUGGCAAGGGGCUGAGCACGGUCGUCGUUGAUGUUCGUGAUGUAGGGAAUAUGGGAAGAGUGAUGGUCGGUUCUUCCAUACCCAAGCUGAUCUCUUCUGAUGAUGAUGUAAUUAGUUGUAAAUGCUUGGCAAUCUAAACAAUAAGUUCUUUGUAAUGUGUAUUAUUUCGUUAAAAAAAACGUGUUAAUGUUGCACAAUGUCCUUUUGUAUCUUGCUAUGUUGUGACCUGCAUUGUCUCUACGUCAUUGCCAUGUCACAUCGGUAUGACUACUAUGCCCAUUUGAUUA